AUGGCUGAAGAAUUUCAAGCUGGAAUUUGUGGUGAAACAUGGUGGAAUAUUAAUAAUUCAACAAGAAGUGUUUUUCCUCUUAAGAUAAACUCAUCAUCAUCAUCAUCAUCAUGUUCAGGGAGUUAUAGUAACUGGCAAAAUGAGUUUUUGGGUUUGAAAGAAACUAACAAUAACUUUGAUGUUUCUGAUUGUUCUUUGAGUUUUCUCGAUUCUCCGAAGCCGCAAUUAUCGGUUAAUGGAACCGGUAGUACUAGUAGCAUGUUCUUCGAUCUAUCGUCUCCGAAUUCAUCAAAUUGGAAUCACUCAAUAUUGUCAGAAAACAAUUUUGAGUCUGUGAUUCAAGAAGAAAGCACAAAGAAUUUCUCAUCUACAAUGGAACAAGAAUUUUGCAUAGAUCAUCAUCAAAGUUUGAAUUCUGUAACAAGCACUGGUUUAUCAUCAUAUCCAAUUGGAUCACUUGAUUCCUAUGCUGAGGCUCUCAAUGACAUAAGAGCAGGAGUUUUGGCUUCAUCACAAUCACAAUAUCAAUCUCAUAAUUUUCAUGACAACAAUUUCAGUUCCUCAAAUACUCUAUUAAACAAGCUAAAGAGAGAAAAGUCACCAGAAGCAAAGAGUUCAUCUGAAGUUGGAGUAAAGAGGCAAAGAAUUGAGACUCCAUCACCAUUACCAACUUUUAAGGUUAGGAAAGAGAAGCUAGGGGACCGUAUAACAGCUCUUCAGCAAUUGGUUUCACCUUUUGGAAAGACGGAUACAGCUUCUGUUCUUCAUGAAGCCAUUGAUUACAUCAAGUUUCUUCAUGAUCAAGUUCAUGUUUUGAGCACUCCAUAUAUGAAAAAUGGUUCUCCUAUUCAACACCAACAGGGUUCUGAUAAUGUGAAGGAGUUAGAAAGAAAAAAACAAGAUUUAAGAAGUCAAGGGCUUUGUUUGGUGCCAAUUUCAAGCACAUUUCCGAUGACUAAUGAGACUAGUGUUGAUUUCUGGACACCUACAUUUGGAGGUACACUCUUUGGAAGAUAG